AUGGUGACCGACUUGCCCGCCGAGAUCCAUUUCCCCUUGGAAAAGCAGAUGCUUCCCGUCGCUGGAUCCAAAGAGCCUGGAUUUUCGCACAUCUACAAGAGCGCCGCUCUGCCCGACUUCUCCACGGACUGCACCGUCUACGAAACGCUGCUGCGUGCAAAGGACGAUAACCUCAACCAAGACCUCGCCGGUUGGAGACCCUGGAACCCGAUCACCAAGGAUUUUGAAAAACACUUUGAAUGGUACUCGUACCAAGAAGUCGAGGAGGAGCGAACCGCGAUCGGUUCGGCUCUCGGUCACCUCGCCAAGCAAGGCGUUCUCGGUGAGAACCUCGGCGCCUCAGAGUGGACCGCGGGCAUCUGGACGCUCAACCGUCCGGAAUUCAUGAUUGUCGAUCUCGCCAACAUGGCGUACAACCGUCGCACCGUUUCGCUCUACGAGACGUACGAUGCGGCGUCGGCGCAGUACAUCCUCGAUCACGCCGAGACGCGCAUCCUCUUUACCACGCCCAACCACGUCGGCGUCACACUCGCCGCGGCUCAGGCGGGUAAGCUGCCUCUGCUCAAGGCGAUCGUGAUCCUCGACGCAUUCCGUCCGGACAAGCAGACCAUCAAGGCGGGCGUCGUCGACGCUCAGCGUGACGUGCUCGCCAAGGAAUGGGCCAAGAGCUGCGGAGUGCAGAUCUACAACUGGUUCGAGAUGCUCGAUCUUGGUCGGCGUAACUUGGCGGCUCACACGCCGCACAAGCUCGACUCGAUCCACAGCUUCUGCUACACGUCGGGCACCACGGGUAACCCCAAGGCCGCCAUCAUCACUGCCGGUAUGGGCGGAUACGUGACCACCGCCAUGGCGUUCCACAAGCGCGACAGGGUGACGGUGAUCUCCUACCUGCCCACCGCGCACAUUUACGCGCGUCUGUGCGAGAUUGUGGUGAUCCGCACCGGCGGGCGCGUCGGCUACUUUUGCGGCGACACGACACGUCUCAUGGAAGACAUGGCGAUCCUAAAACCGGAAAUGUUUCCGUCGGUGCCGCGUGUGCUCAACCGUGUGGCGGCGCUGGUGCAGGCGCAAGCGGCUGCUCCGGGCUUGAAGGGCGCGUUGCUGCGCAAGGCGUUGGCGGCCAAGAUUGCUAACCACGACCGCGACGGCACGCUGACGCACGCGUUGUACGACCGACUCAUCUUCAGCAAGGUCAAGGCGGUGCUGGGCGGGAAUGUGCAGUACAUCACCUCGGGAUCGGCACCGAUUCGGGGCGAUGUGCUCAAGCUGCUGCGCGUCGUGCUGUCGUGCGACGUGCGCGAGGGGUACGGCCAGACGGAGAACUACGGCUUGUGCACAAUCAUGUAUGAGAACGACACGUCGCUCGGAAGCGUAGGUGCCGUCUACCCGGGAAUGCAGCUCAAGCUGCGCGAUGUCCCGGAUAUGGGCUACACGUCGGACGACCAGCCGUUGCCGCGCGGCGAGAUCCUGGUGAAAUCGCAGUGCACCUUCCCCGGCUACUACAAGGACGAAGCCAAGACCAAGGAGACUCUUACCGACGACGGCUUCUUGCGCACAGGCGAUAUCGGCGCGAUCGACCAUCUGAACCGCGUCCGCAUCGUGGAUCGCGUAAAGUCGCUGCUCAAGCUCUCGCAGGGCGAGUACGUGGCGAUCGAUAACCUCUCGGAGUUCUACGGCCAGAAUCCAUUGGCUGCGCAGCUGCUCGUGCACGGCGACUCGUUCCGCGACUAUCUCGUGGGCAUCAGUGUGCCAGAGCCGACUACGUUUGCGCCGUUCGCAAGCAAGGUUUUGGGUCGCCCGAUUUCGGCUGAUGACCUGACCGCGCUCAGCGACGCGUGCAAGGAUGACAAAGUGGUCGCCGCGUAUUUGGACCAGUACCACAAAAUCGCGAGGAACAACAACCUGAAGGGCUUCGAAUACAUCAAGGGCCUAUACCUCACUAUGGAGCCGUUCAGCGUCGAAAACGGUCUGUUGACUCCCACAUUCAAGGUCAAGAGACACGAGGCUGUCAAGGUGUUCAAAGACCAGAUCGACGCACUCUACGCCAAAGGUCCAGUCAGCGUAUCGAGCACAAGACCCAAGUUGUAA